UAUGUCUAGACACUCGCUGCGAAUUGCUUGAGGAAAGUACACACGUUGAGCUAUUCUUGAGUGAACCAGCGCCGCGUCAACACCGAUCGUCCGGAUGGUUUAAGCGGCCAUUGUUUUUGUGCGGUUUUUUCUUGUUUCGCAUCACACAUACAAGUGAACUGACAUUUUCCCAUCUUACGCAUACAUAACAACAUACAUAUAUGUGUGUCUACUGCGACGUCGUACGAAGCGGAUAAGCAAACAUUUGUUAUUUUCAUUCUAUCCAUCCAUUUCAGUGAUUCGGUUAGCUGUGAACUUUUCAGAGUCCCACAAUCCCGUCGCGUCGCACUGAUUUGAGCGUAUAUACAUAUAUAAGUGUGAACCCCGAGUUCGGUUUUGGUCAUGAGAGUGUGUGUGCGCCCCUCAAAAUCUGUGUGCAUGUGUCCCAGCCAAGUGUUCGUGUAGGAAUGCAUAGGUGUCUGUGUAAGUCUCUUGGUGACGACGAUGUGAUGUGAUUAACAAAGUGAAAAGUGCAAAUUUAAAUAUAAAAGAAAAAAAAAUAUUUUACGAUUAACGAAUAAAUAUAAAUUUUGUUAUUUUCGAAGAGAAAUCGUUAAAACUUGCACCACACACAUACAUACAUAUGUAAAUCAAAUAAGAUAAAGAAAUUCCAUAAAUUGUUUUAAUCAGCGAAAAAGAGAAGAAAAAAAAAAACGAAAAAGCUUAAAACGCAUCCACAAAAACAACAACAUUAUGGUGAAGAAAUUCCCAAAUUCCUUUGCGCCGUUUGUAUUUUGCAAUUUCUUUGUUUGGCUGGGACUUGUAAAAAAUAAUUAUACUUAAAUGGAAAAAUUGUAAUUACGUUUCAAAACGUUUUGUAAGAAAUCAAAAAUCAAAAGAUAAAGAACGCUCAGAAUAGAAAAGUAAACUAAAAAAUUAAAAAAAGAUUAGUCUCUAAAAUCUGGUACGAAAUACACGCACAGAACAACCAACACCUUGGCAAAAGUCGAAAGGUACACCAUUAAAAUAAUAACAACAAAAGCAACGGCAAUAAUAGAAACGACGACGACAGCAGUGAACACAUAACGACGCAGAUUAAAAGAAUUCCAAAGAAAAAAAGAGUUUCUCGAAGAAACCUAGAAAUUCUACAACAUAAAAACCAGAAAUUCAACCUUUUUGCCAAACGAAUAAACAAAAACAACAACAGAAGAGUGGCAGCGCAACAACAACACCAGCUUACUAACACCACAUAAACAAAGACGAUAGAACGGCCACAUAGAAUACCAAGUAGACGCUAAGAAAUCGUUCGGCUGGUCGAUCGGUCGGUCGGUUUGUUUGUUUUUUUUUUUUUUUUUCUCUUGUGAUUGAGUUCCGUCAUACGGCCUCUUUGUCGCCUUGACGUACCGUCGCGCCUUCUGUCAACGCAUACCGUCUUGUCACAUUUUUAAGCCAACGACUAAGACAACGUUGUUUCAUUGUGCGCUCAGUUCAUUUCUAAGCCGACCGCCGUUCUUGUAUUUAUUCCUCACAUUUUUCGUCGUCUGUGUUCACACACACACAAACACAUAUCUUUUAAUUGAUCACUGGUAGUGGUGGUGCUGGUUUACAACGACAUUUCAUUGAAAACGUGUUCUCAAGGAAGUGAAUUAGCACCAGCAGCGUGCUUCUACGGAAUUAGAGUGUACCCCACUCACCACUCACCGCAAAAGGCUUUCUUGCUUUCCCAAGUGGUAAAAGUCUAUAUUUGCACAAAAUGGGUGAUUCCACACCAAUUUGCCGCUGCCGAGUUCUCUAUUUGGGCAGUGCUGUUCCACGCCAAAGCAAAGACGGUCUGCAAGGCAUACAAGAGCCUCUGCGCAGUCUCUAUCCCUCGGAGGGGGCAGUUGGUGCCAAAGGCAUUGAUUCAUGGCUCAGUGUCUGGUCCAAUGGCAUUCUCUUGGAGAAUGUGGACGAAAACCUUAAGGAAAUAACUCGUUUCUUUCCAAUCGAGUCUCUACACUAUUGCGCUGCUGUUCGCCAGGUCCUUAUACCCGAACGGGGCAAUUCAAAUCCAGAACCGAAAUUUCUUCCACUCGAUUCGCCAUUUGCGCGCAUGCCGCGUGCACAACAUCCACCUAUUUUUGCAGCCAUUUUACGUCGCACCACUGGCAUCAAAGUCCUCGAAUGCCAUGUGUUCAUUUGCAAACGCGAGGCAGCCGCCAAUGCUCUAGUCAGAUGCUGUUUUCAUGCAUAUGCAGACAACUCUUAUGCCCGCCAGCUGGAAACGGGCAGCACUGGUGGCGGUGCUGGCAGCAGUGUUUAUGGAACUCUUAAAAGUAACAUGGUAUCCAGCAAAUCCAAUGGUGACCUUACAAGUGUGGGCCUCUCCAACGGCAAUCACCAUCAUCAUGUGACGCCCUCGUCUGCUAGCCAUGCAGGCUGGCGUUCGCGAGCAGGCAGCAUUACCACCCUGAAUAGUGUUGGACGGCAAUCAAAUGGCCAUCUCAUGAAUGGUGCGGAUAGUACCAGCAGUGCUGCUGAGGGCUAUACAUCUGUAAAAAAUUUUUAUGGCAGCAGUGCUGAUUUGAAUGUCGGAAUUGAUGAUGGCGAUGCCUCAUUGUACAAUGGCGAUGCAAAUCACAAAGUUUGGAGUGGUUCACAAGAUCAAUUGGACAGCAUUGUCAUGGAGAGCCCAUACGAUGUUUACCCCGGCAACACCUCCACGUUGGGACGACCAGCACGAAUGAGACAAAUGAGCCAUCCAAUCGAUGUUCCUCCACCGCCAAUGAAAGAGGAGAAUAGCAAAAAGAAAAAGGAUAAGAAAUCCUCAAAAUCAUCGAGUAGCCAAAGUCUGUCCGGCACGCUGAUUCGACCAAGACCCAUCCACCCAGCUGUAAUGCAGAGGCAGGGCAUGCCUAUGCAUGGACCAGGUGGAAAUAUGAUUUAUGGUCCAAUGCCAGGACCGCCACCACAUGCAAUGGGUAGAAACUACCAUACAAUUAGUCAUCGAGGUUUUCCUCCGGGACCACCUCCACAUCACCCAGGCAUGCCACCUCAGAUGAUGCACCAUCCGCCGCCGCAUAUGGGACUACCGAUGCAAGUUCCCGUAAUGGUACCCCAACAGUACGCCACACUGCAACCAUCCACGAGUACAAAAAAGAAGAAAAAGGAUAAAAAGAACACGGGCAUACCAGUGGGCAUGCCCAUAGUGCCACCCAUGUAUGCCUAUCACCAUGCUCAAGCAAUGGCGGGACCUGCUCCUCCACCCCCACCACAGAGUGUACUGGCCCAGUCUCUCAUAGGCGAGCCUCGGCCAUUGUCAGUGUCAAGUCGAAAAUUGGCAGCUUCAAUGGGUAAUGGGCUUGAUGACUCUGGUAAUUCGGGUGCUGAGUCGCCAGGUGGCACUGGAAUUUAUCGACGUAAAGGUCAUCUGAACGAGCGUGCCUUCAGUUAUUCCAUACGCCAGGAACAUCGCAGCCGUAGUCACGGUUCCCUAGCUAGUCUUCAGUUCAAUCCCCCUGAUAUGAAAAAAGAACGAGAAAUCGCUCAAAUGGUUGCAGGCUUGGACUUAAAUGAUGGUCCACACGAAGACCCACGUAACAUGGGUCCAUCCACUCUGCAGCGCAAACAGAACGCAAUGAUGAACGGUAAUGGGGCCAUUUAUGGCAACGGCGGUGGAGCUGCCAUUUAUGGCAAUGGGGGAAGCGCGGCCAUAUACGGCAAUGGUCCAUCUAGCAGUUUCGGAAAACCCCGGAGAUAAGACCUACAGCUACAAAAGCCUGUACUCUUUCGUAAAUGGUAUAUCCAUCAAAGGGGGAAUGAGCAAAGAAAGGAAGGCGUUUAACCACAACAAAGCAGUCAUAAUGUUACACAAACCGGAAGUUGUACGUAAACAGCAGCUCUUACCAAGACUUUCGGUUCGAAGGAAGCUUCCGGCGCCAUUCAAAGAAGCCACCAGCAGCUCCAUGCAUCACUUUCUCCCUUACAUAUAAGAAAGCUUAUUUUAUUAUUUCCAACUCUUAUUGUUAUCUAGGUUUAUCAUAAAAGUAGUCGUCGUCAUAUGUAGCUCUUGUUAGAAGAUCACAUUUUAUUUUACCAACAUUAACACAAAAACAAACACUACUGUUAUAUAUAUAAUGUAAAAUUUUUGUUUAAUUAAAAUCACAACGAAGAAGUCGAACAAAACAGUUAAAACCCAAAAAUAGUGAAAACGAGGCAAAGCGAUGCUGGUCAAUAGAAUUGCCUAGGUCCAUUCCCCAGGACAUCUAGCACCCACAUGGUGUUUCCUGCCUAUCAUAUGAUAACAAUUCUUCAUAUGCCUUAACCCUUUUCGAUAUAAACACCCACACUACUCGCUCCCAUCGUUGGAGACUAAAAAUUCAAUCAAAAUUCAGAAAUCGUAUGUGCCUUAUUAGGUUUAUUUUUAAGCGGUCGGAUCGAUUUCUCGAUAAUGCCUUCGAGAAAGUAAGAAUCAUUGCAGUGUGUCCGUUGUUUCAUCGGCGCGACGGAUAGAGGCGAUUCAAUUGCACAACAUUGAGUCGUUCUUGUAUCUGUGCUUGUAUAGAAUGUAUUUACGAGGAGUAUCUAAAUCUAGUUCUACUAAGAAGUAGCGGUAGUAGUAGUAGUUGGUCGUUAUAGCGGUAGUUGUAUGUCACGCAGAAUAGCCUGCACCUGUAACGGUGACGAAGGAUCACUAAACGCUGAAUACUGAUUUUUAUCCAUAUUAGAUACAAUUAUUUUUUUAGCUUUAAUUAAUUUGUACGUAUUGCUUUAUGUAUGUACGGUAUGCACAAUCAAACAUCAAUCAAUCCAUCGAUCAACCAAUGUAAAAUUAAUGUUGAUUGUAUUAUUUAUAUAAAUAUGUAUUUGCCUAAUAAUAAAAAAAAAGAAAAAACAUAUAAUUUUUACCAUCUACAUUUUAAAACAGACUAUGU